GGUGCGUCUACUUGUGGAAGUGCGAGCGACGAAUUUCAGAUGAGACAAGCCGGCCCGUGUCCCGACCGAACGAUCUCGGCUUGCUGCAGGUGCUCCGUCUACUGAAUUUACGUUCAACAGUCGGGUUUGCCCCGAUCACCGUGCGCAACAGACGGGAUUGACGUGUUACGGCCCUUUGGAGUCCCGCUGCAUUGCACCUACAGACUCGCGCCGAUAUGGACUCGUCAACUUGGGCCGUCGCCGACCAUUCGGCACAUCCCGCGGCCGAGGAUGACUUCCAGCAGUUCCUAGACAUGAAUGGCAUGGGAAAUCUGGCCGACGGGAUCAACUACAACUUCCAGCACUUCCAAUCCUCAAGCGGUCCCCAAUUGCUACAGUCACAUCCGCGGGAGCAGCUGGACAUUCCUAUGAGCGGCACCGACGCACCAAUUCUCCUGUCGCCAGCAGUGCCCUCGAUGCAGCACCAAAUGCCUGCCAUCAGCAAUGCUGGGUCCUACCAGACCGUUCCCGCAACCAUGAUGCCGCCUCCCACUCCAAGCGAGGCAAUCGUCGACAGUAUCGAUGCCCAGAUCCAAUUCCUCCAGCAGCAGAAGCUGCGGCAUCAGCAAAGACGGAUGGAGGAACAGCAAGUUGCCUUCUUCGCCCGUCAGCAAACCCGCAUGGUCCCUCCAACCCCCCAAAGCCUGGAGAUCCAGCCCCGAGCCAACCAGUACUAUGCCCAGUCCAACGCACCCGAGCAGCAGCAGCAGCAGCAGCAGAGCAUGGAGUAUCGGUACCAGAGGCUAAAGGACCAGUCGGAUAUGUCCUUUACUCCACUGGUCUCGCCCGCGGUUACGCCGCUCGAUACUCACUUUUCGGUUGAUUCGCAGUUUGCCGUAUCCGGUGCCUACUUCAGCCCGUUAACGUCGCCUGCUUUGCAUGCUCAAAAUGAUCCCCUUGCCAUGUUCGACCAGAUCCACAGCGCUGUGUCAACGAGCUCACCUGUGGAGAUGGAACUGGACUCGACGGCCGCUCCUGCAAUGCCGAAUUCAACGCCCGGGGAUCUAGCCAAGAAGACGCGAAAGAAUGCGGCAAAGGCAAGAGCAAAGCCGGGCAUUAAACAGUCACCAAUCUCGAAACCCCUACGCAGAAGGACCGUAACCACCCCGAGCUUGAACGCGCAGGUCCUCAGCGAGCUUGCUGAAAGCGUCGAGCAGAACCAAGAUCCUCACUUACUUCCCACCCCCAUGAUGCAGACAUCAUCCUCAUCCACCACAGCAGUGACGGAUCCGGAGGACUCGGUCUCUCCUGAGUCUCUAAACGAUACGACACCUGUUGAGAUGCCUCCACCCCCGAUUCCUAAGCCGCGGUCUGCAAAGCCGUCCCCUUUCAUCGCCCCGCAGGCGAGUGCGGUUCCAAGCUCUCUUCAAUCCCAGCGACCAUGCCUUGCGUCUCCUGCAACUCCAGCUUCGCUGAUGAAACUAAGUUCACCAAACGCUCGCGGUGCUGGCGCCCGGGCUGGGAGCCACGACGCUGUCGAUACAGAUCACAUCGAGACAUUCGAGCUUCCGGAAUCGGCAAACUUUCCAAACAGGAGCGCAGCACCUACCAGCGAGCCUACGCCAACACAGCCCUCGCACGACACCGGUUCCGCCAGGACUCCUUCACUCGUACCUCCCCCUUCGCCGUCCGUUGUGAGGCCGGCCGGCACAUCCUCAGCGACCCAGAGCCCGCAGCUGCUUGCCGGGUCUGGGCUCAGCGCAAGGAAAACGCCCCAGCUCCUGCCAAGAGGGAGCAAAAAGCGAGGGAGUGUUAGCUCGAUUCCCGUCUCGCCAGCCCUGAGACCCAAGAUAUCACCAAACAUCAAGCCCCUGCUGCCCGGCGGGCCGGACGUUGAAGAGGCAGCCUCGCAUCUUCUCGCCACGAAGUCAAACUACCAGCGCAUUCUCGAGGGCAAUACGGUGCCUGGCGUCUCGUAUCCGAGCGAGCUGUCGACCAACCUUACCUCCAAACGCACAUCACACAAAAUUGCCGAGCAGGGUCGCCGGAACCGGAUCAACUCGGCUCUCCAGGAGAUCGCCACGCUGCUGCCCCGGCCGCCAAAAGACAGCGAGGGCGAGGUUAGCGACAGUAAAGACGGCAAGAAGGACAAGAGCGGGGGUGUGCCCAACAGCAAGGCGAGUACGGUUGAGAUGGCGAUCGAGUACAUCAAGCAGCUGCAAAAGGAGGUGGCCGAGGCGAAUCGGCGGGCCGAGGAGGCCGAGAAAAGGCUAGAGCUAAAGGUCGACAGCAAGAUGGCGGACGGUGAGGAGUCUGGGGGUAAGGAUGGGGAGUGAUUUUGGGAUGGAGUGCGAGGAGAACCUCCAAGAAGGGUUGCAUCGUGGGAACGGAAAAGUACAUUCUUACAUUAUGGCGUUGUCGGAUAUACGAGGCUUUUGAGAGCCCGCGAGGGCGGAGGCAGCCCUGCUGCGAUGACCGAGUGAGUUCCGUAAUAUCUUUCUACAGUACCUACUAGUACCUACCAACCUGUAACCACACGGAAGGCAAUCGACUCUAUAGGCUGCGGCGGGAUCUUAAAGAGGGCCAAGCGCGGGAAUCUCGCAUGAGAUCGAUGUGAGGUACCUACUAUGUAGGAGUGCAAGAGUAGGAAAUACCCGAGGGCCAAUAAUGGGAAGAUGACGUUCAGAAUCAUCUUCACUCCCAACCGCACUAUUGCUGUAAUCACUGGACAUACCUAGAUAACAGUAGGUUGUAGUGAUAACUUGCACAAUACUAUCAGGGGGGUUGGGUGCCUCCACUCCCGGGC